GCCCACAUACUUCAAAAUUUUCUCUAUAUAAUCCCAACUCAAAACCCUCAUUAUAAUAUCAAAAACCACAACAUUUUCAGACAAUGAGUUGUUCCAGAAUUGCAGUGUCAUUCUCUCUCCUCUUCUCCCUUCUACUUUCUCUCUCAUCGGCUGCCUCCAACAACACAUCGUCUCACCAUGCAUUCAUUCAAUGCCUUGAAAACAAAUCCGGUUCAUCCAUUUCUGCAGUUCUCUACACUCGAAGCAAUUCCUCAUAUUCAUCAGUUCUGCAAAACUACAUAAGAAACCUACGCUUCAAUGAAUCCUACACACCAAAGCCCCAAAUCAUCAUCACCGCGAAGCAAGUUUCCCACAUUCAAUCCGCCAUCUCCUGCGCGAAGGCGCACGGCAUGCAGAUGAAGAUCCGCAGCGGCGGCCAUGACUACGAGGGAAUUUCCUACUGGUCCGACGAUCCCAACUUCUUCGUGUUGGAUAUGUUCAAUUUCCGCUCCGUCAACGUCUCCGUCGACGACGAGUCGGCGUGGACGGAGGUCGGGGCGACUCUCGGCGAAGUCUUCUACGGAAUCGCCGUGAAAAGCCGCACCCACGGCUUCCCCGCCGGAGUUUGCCCCACCGUCGGCGUCGGCGGCCACUUCAGCGGCGGAGGGUACGGCAACAUGAUGCGCAAGUACGGCCUCUCCGUCGACAACAUCGUCGACGCCAAGAUAAUCGACGUCAACGGCCGCCUCCUCGACCGGAGGGCCAUGGGGGAGGAUCUCUUCUGGGCCAUCACCGGCGGCGGAGGCUCGAGCUACGGCGUCGUGCUAUCGUACAAGAUCAAGAUCGUCCCCGUCCCGGAAAACGUGACGGUAUUCCGGGUCGUGAGGACUUACGACGAAAACUUCGUCGACCUCAUCCACCGCUACCAGCAGGUGGCGGCGGACGAGUUUCCCCGCGAACUGUUCCUUAGACUAACCCUAGACGUGGUCAACGGAACCAACAGGGCUACAUUUCUCGCGAUGUUCCUCGGGAACUCGCGAGACCUAGUAGCCCUAGUGAACAGCAGCUUUCCCGAAAUGGGACUGCUGUUGUCAGAUUGUCUGGAAAUGAGCUGGGCCGACUCAGUUCUUUUCUGGACAAAUUUCCCUGCAGGAACUCCAGUCACGGAGCUCCUGAGUAGGGUUCCGCAGGUUCUAACGCACCUGAAACGAAAAUCGGACUACUUGAAGAAACCUAUUCCGAAACAAGCACUAGAGCUCCUAUUCAAGAAAAUGGUGGAGCUGCAGACGCCGGCGCUGACGUUCAAUCCGUACGGCGGGAGAAUGGCCGAGAUUCCGGCGACGGAAAAGCCGUUUCCACACAGAGCCGGCAACAUUGCGAAGCUCCAAUACGCGACAAAUUGGAACGAAGAUGGCGCGGAGGCUGCAAACCGAUACUUGAAUCUGACGAGGGAACUAUACGAGUUUAUGACUCCGUACGUGUCGAUGGCGCCGCGGGAGGCCUUCUUGAACUACAGAGAUCUCGACAUCGGAAUAAAUCACAAUGGCCGGAAUAGCUACUUGGAAGGACUGGUUUACGGUUCGAGCUACUUCAAGGAGAAUUUCAAUAGGUUGGUGAAGGUGAAGACGAGAGUUGAUCGGAAUAAUUUCUUUAGAAACGAACAAAGUAUUCCGGUUUUCCCAUGGAAGAAGUGAUCGAAUAUAUAUGCAUGAUUCGAAUUGAACUAGUAGCUAGAUUUGUGAUUAUACAAUUGAAGAAUAUAUGUGAUUUUGUUUUAUUUUAUUAUUCUUCGAUAUAUAUAGUUAGCUUGGGUUACUUAUAUAUCUUUUAUUUGUAAUUGAAAUAAGGGUAUAUCUCAUGGUGCCUAUAUGGUUUCAAAUGCAAUAUAUCUCAUAGAUUUGAGAUAAUGUAUAAGUUGUGUACUUAUACAUUAUUAACUUGGUUUAAUUAAAUAUUUCUUUUU